AAUUUUCUAUCAGCGCAACCUUCCGAUUUCACAGUCUAACAGUAAACGUUCUCUACAAGUUUUGUUGAUCGGAAACCAUUUCACCACAAGAUGAACAUUAACUACGCUCAGGGGAUAGUUUUGAUAGUUAUUGCGUGUGUGUUACACACAAGUUGUUCAAAAACUGAAAAAUCAGACAAACAAUUAGUAAAAGUUUCUUCCAAAUCGAAUGACAAAGAUGACAAAAAAUCACUACAUGACGAAAAAAAGAAAAGUGACGUUGAAGAAAUGUUAUUAAAUAUUGCCUCUAUAAUACAAGAAUGUUUAGACAACAGAACGAUGAAUAAUAAAGAAUUCAAAAUAAAAUUGGAUAAAUUGUAUUUUAAUUUGGUAAAGACAUCAAUACAAAAAUUAUUAGACAAACAAUUGGUUAAAGUCAAGGACGUUCAAAAAAAAUAUGAGAAAGACCUCGAACUAUUGAAGAUAAUGAACAGUAUGCCGGAUAAUGGAAGCAGUAAAAAUAAAGAUAAAUCGUUAAAAAAAUCAAUCAAAAAAUAACCAUGAAAGCAAUGAAGUUAAACAAAUUUUAUUGUAAACUAUCAUACUACCUGCGGAUUCAUUUGAUAAUGACUACAAUUUAUAUUAGGUAUUAGAUACUUUGUUAAAUAACAUAAGCCAGAUAAUAGAUAGUUUGGAUAGGAACAAGUUAUUAAAUUAUAAACUAUUAAUAAUUUUUCACUCCAAAUUAUUUUCAAUUUUAUGAUCCAUGAUAGUACAGCCAAUAUUCCAGUUAUCUUGUAUUAGGUUUAAUUUGCUGUACUGCGAAAAAAUAAAAUAAAAACAUUCUCAGAUAAAAA